CCUCAAAAACAAAAUAAAAAACCUGGGCGAUACCGCACAGCGCCGCAUCGCCGCCGUCUCUCCACUCUCCGCAUCCUGUCCUGAUCUCCUCUCCUCUCGGUUCGACUCGAGCUCUCUAGGGUUCGCCACAUCGCUCCAUCCCCUUCCAUGGCGGACGAAGUCAACAGAGCGGCUUUCGUGGAGCUGCAGGCCCGGAUGAUCGAAACCAAAGGGAAGAUCAAGCAGUUACAAGCACAAACCCGUUCUAAAGAGAGCGAAAAGAAGCGUGCUUACCUUACACUAGAGGAACUCCGCCAAUUGCCAGAUGAUACAAACACGUACAAGACGAUUGGAAAAGUGUUUAUUUUGGAGCCAAGAUCAGUUCUUAUGAAUGAGCAAGAGCAGAAGCUAAACGACAGUGAGACUGCAAUAGCAUCGAUGCAGACUUCGGAAGAAUAUCUUGAGAAACAGCUGGCAGAAGUGGAGAACAACAUUAGGGAGCUACUUCAGCAGGACCCUGGGCUCAUGCGCCAGAUUCUCUCAAUGACUGUUCAGUAAUUUGUUGUUUCUGGCUUUCUGAAUUUGGUUCUGGAUGAGAUGUUAUGUCGACUCAACAGCGCUUUUACCCUUUUCAAGAUGCCCCUUGGGAGGCUUGCUUCACUUUAACCAAAUUCGUGCUGUAGCUGAAGAAUUACAGUCGCUUUCCAGUAUCAUGGCGUGGAAAGUGUGAUGUUUCUGGUGUGGAAUCCGUUGGCUUGAUGUUAAAUUGCCAUUUUUGUCCAUCGGGCUAGUGUCUUGCUAUGUAAACAAAAGAAGAGCCUGCCAACAGAAGUGCUGAAGAUUUCAGAA